GUUGUUAAGAUACUGUUACGAACUCGUACAUAUAGCAAACCUACAGGCGCCCACAUGGGUGGCCUGAAAUAUUGUGUGAAUGAAAACAGUGUUAAUGUAGCUCAUAAUACACAAGCGAUGCUAAGAUCAGUAUCUCAGUACCAUCAAAUAUUAAGUAGAGAAAGAUAAGAUAUCAAAUUCACACUAAUUUGUCUGCGUGAGCUGAAAUAUUGUAUAAAAUGUUUCAGCAAGCCACGGCAUCGUCUACUCCCGGGCCGCGCAUGCGCAGAAGACGCACCUAAACACUAUUUAUUCCACACAUUAUUUCAUGACACCGUGACGGUGCGAGUGCCUUCUGCCCCUGUACCUACCUGUGUGUAAUGAUUGUAAUGCACGGUGACUUUGUUCACUGUUGUGUAAUAUAUGGACGUAAGGGGGAGUGCGUUUUCCUCUCUCUGCUCUGAGUGACUUUUCUCAGAGUGACCGGGAGAGUCGGCCGCAGCGGUUCCCAGCCGCCUAGCAGACUGCUGUGACGUACAACUAGUGUGCAUGUGUGUGUGUGUGUGUGUGUGUGUGUGUGUGUGUGUGUGUGUGUGUUCCCCACACGAGUGCUGUGUGAGGUGCUGCUAAGGCCGUCCGUUGCCGUCCCAGGGCCCGCAGAUCGCCGCCGCGUUACCACGCACCACGGCAAGGCUGAUACGCAUGUGGUAAUGUGAUGAUGGGGCACGACCCUCCCACAGGUGCUGAGAUCCUCUCACAGAACUCAGCCUGCAGGUCUGAGAUCCUAUCACGAAACUCAGCCUGCACCUCCGAGAUCCUUCGAUGGAGCAGACGUACUGAGACGAGCACUAAUAUCUGACGGAGACUGAGGCGGGAUAAGAGUUAGUCAGCACAGGAUCACCAUGGCUCAGUGCGAACACACAGCUGUCACCACCUUCAGGGAGUACAUCAGGAUCAAGACAGUGCAACCCGACCCAGAUUAUGAGACAUGCAGCAAAUUUCUAAAGCGUCAGGGCGAGGAGCUGGGCGCCAAAGUACACGUAAUGGAGUGUGUCCCUGGGAAACCCAUCAUUAUAAUGACUGUGGAGGGCCGGGAUCCCACCCUGCCCUCAAUCCUCCUCAACUCUCACACGGAUGUUGUACCAGUCUUCCCGAAACACUGGAAGUACGACCCCUUCAGCGGGCACAAAGAUGAGGACGGAGAGAUCUAUGGACGGGGGACUCAGGACAUGAAGAGUGUGGGCAUACAAUACCUGGAGGCUCUCAAGCAGCUCAGGUGUGAGGGAAACACGUUUCUAAGAACCAUCCAUGUUUCCUUUGUGCCAGAUGAGGAGAUUGGUGGUGCAGAUGGAAUGAUGUCAUUUGUGGAGACAGACUACUUCCGGGAAAUGAAUGUUGGCUUUGCACUUGAUGAGGGGUAUGCCAGCACUUCAGAGGAUUUCCUGGUGUUUUAUGGUGAAAGACAUAUUUACCACUUGAAUGUGAGGUGCUCUGGCCAGCCUGGCCACGGGUCCCAGUUUCUGUCCAACACUGCGGGAGAGAAACUGCAUAAAGUGAUCAAUUCCUUCUUCUCCUUCCGAGAUCAAGAAGAACGCAGGCUAAGAGAAAAUCCAGACCUCCAACUUGGAGACGUGACAACUGUCAACCUCACCAUGCUGGAGGGAGGCGUGCAGUUUAAUGUGGUGCCUGCACAGCUGAGUGUGGGUUUUGACAUCCGCAUUCCACCGGCGCUUGAUCCGGCUGACUUUGAAAACAUGGUGCAAGGCUGGUGCAGGGAAGCAGGAGAAGAUGUUGUUUAUGAAAUCUGUCUCAAGUCCGUCAACAGAGAGUUGUCCAGUGUGGUGGACGGCCAGAGUCCGUGGUGGGAUGCCUUCUCUCAAGCCUGUAAAAUAGAGAAAAUCACCGUCCAAAAACAAAUUUUCCCUGCUGGCACAGAUAGCAGUUUAAUCAGAAAGCAUGGCAUUCCGUGCCUUGGGUUCUCUCCAAUGAACAACACUGAACGCCUUCUGCACGACCACAAUGAACGCCUCAAUGAGAAGGUGUUCCUGCGGGGCAUCCAGAUCUAUGCUUCCAUCAUCUCUGCCCUUGCCAACUGCACGCCAUAAACUUUACCCAAUGUUUCGUGAUGCAAUAGGAUGCCAACGAAAGGUUUAUGGUUGAUUAAUAUGCGUUGCAGAUACUUGUAAUAAAGCUCACUGCAUCAAAAUAUAAAAUGUUUAGUUGUCUUUAACUCUUACUGACACUCACUAACCAUAAUCUCCUUUAUGUUUGCAGAUGAGAAAGAAGAUGUGACUAUCAUAAAAUCAAAUGUAUUAGACUCACAUAACAGUGUUCUUUGAUAAUAAUUCCCAAUCAAGUAUCAUGUCAGAAGAAAAGCAAAUAUAAAAUGAAAAAAAAAAAACUUCUGGGUCUUUUGUACGCUGGACUGGGGCACAAAGUAAUGGGAAAUAUCUCCCUUUUAGUUUACUUUUUUUUUUUUGAAGGGGGGGUAGGGGACGGACAAGGACUGUAUGCUAGGAGGACGGUCCACUAAAUGUUAAAUUUUUGCUCUCCUGGCGACGGUGGCGCCUCCAACAGCCAACGUUAUUCUCUCUCGCAUAAGUUUACCAUUACCAUUUGACAGUUAAUUUUCCUUGAGUUAUCAUGCCCACUUGCUUCACUGUUUAAGAUUUGGCUGCAGAAAUAAUAGAUUUAUAAAUUAUAGUAAAGUUUAAUACGACUGAAUGUAAAACCUACCUCCCUUUAGUAACCAAAGUUGUAAGCAUUAUGUCACCCCAUCUAAUCUCUACUUGCCCCUCUCAUAUGAAAAAUUCCCCAAGAUCCACUCUAGUCUGUUGUGCCACAUUUUGUGGCAGAGCCACGGAUGGCAAUGUUAGCAAGGACUCUACACUUGGAUAUACAGAGUGUAGUCACCAGCUGUGUCGCCUCGCAAGGUCCUGUGAGGGUGGUGGCGAGAGACUAACGAAGCAUGUGUAACACUAAGGAAAGAGUAGAAAUUAAGGAAACUGCAUUCACUAUAGUAGUUAAUUGCAGUAGUGAAGUUGUGUGAGAGGAACUAGCUGUGGAGAGCUUAGCUGUUGAGAGGUAGUGAGGGUUGUGUUUACGUGGUAAAGUUGAUGACAUGGCGCGUAGGGUAGAUAAGACACAGAGGGAACUCUGUAGAAGUAUGGGUCAACCGAGGUCGCAUAUCUGGCCCAGCAGCCUCAGAAGGGGACAGAUGGUGCCCAGUCUUCAGAGAGAGAGAGGUGUUGCGACUCGCUCUGUUUUCUCCAUAAACCCUAGACCCUCAAACGCCGACCCUCAUAGUCGUAAGCGUUGCAUUAUGGUUAAUUAGCAAUAACUGCUACAUGUCAAAAUACACUGAACAUUAUCAUACAUGUAUUGCAUUUGCGUCUCUAUUAUUAUGACUGCUUGUUAAGGCGUAAACCAUUGUGUAUUGUGGUUAUUAUGUCGCUCUUUAUUAUGAUGGAAUGCUUUCUCUUUAUGAUGUUCAUGUGCCUUAAGUGCAUGCGAAUGUUUUAUUGUAUUUCAAUACAAAUUAAUUGUCACUACAUGUUAACCGCAUUAAAGGGAGUAAACGA